AUGAAGGCAGUUGAUAUUCGGGGGGGCAAAGGCGGUAGCGAUGCGUUGUUCAUCAAUAACGAAAUACCAAAACCUCAUGCUGCUGAUGGCCAAGCUCUUAUUCGCGUCCGAGCAUUCGGGAUCAAUAGAAUGGAUAUCAUCCAACGGCAAGGCGGCUACCCGUUGCCACCACAAGCCCCUGCCACUUUGGGGGUCGAAUUCAGUGGAGUGAUUGAGUCUUUUGGAUCCGGGGACGAUGGUAGCUUCUCGGAGGGGGAUGAAGUUAUUGGUCUUGCCUAUGGGGGUGCAUAUGCAGAGUACGUCGCCGUUAGCACCCGCAUGCUCCUCCAUAAGCCGUCCUCCAUGGACUGGGCUACAGGUGCCGGCAUUUCUGAAACAUGGAUUACCGCAACGCAGGCAUUGCAUCAAGUUCUCGAAUUUGUCAAAGGCAAAUCAAUUUUGUGGCACGCAGGAGCCUCCGGUGUGUCCAUUGCCGGUAUUCAGCUAUCAAAAAUUGCCGGUGCUACACAAGUUUACGCAACCUCUGGGUCAGACGAAAAGUGCCAAUUCAUCACCAAGGAGCUCGGUGCGACAGCCGCAUUUAACUACAAGACGAUGAAAUGGGAGGAAGAAAUCAAGAGACACACCAACGGAAAAGGGGUAGAUUACAUCGUUGACUUUGUUGGUGGAUCAUACUUCCAGCAGAACAUCUUGGCUGCAGCAAGAGAUGGUCGCAUCGCUAUCCUAGGCAUUCUCGGAGGGGACAUAGCUCCUAAGGUCGAUAUUUCGCAAGUUCUAUACAAACGCCUCCGUAUCGAGGGCAGUACACUUAGGAGCCGUGACGAGGAAUAUCAAGGCAGAAUACGAAACGAAUUGGAGACAUAUCUUCCCAGCUUCGAAUCGGGAAAGCUAAAGACUUAUACAGACAAGGUUCUGCCAUGGGAAUAUGUGCAGAAAGCCCAUGAAUACGUCGAAGACUCCAAGAACUUGGGAAAGGUUAUUUGUACAAUAUCUUAA